AUGAAGUUAGCAAAUCGAAGAAUGUAUUAUUCUAAAGAAAUAAAUUUAGACAACGUGAAGGGAAAAUUACGUGAAGAAUUGAGUGAUAAAACAUGCAAAGAUAUCGAAGAUUUUCUCUUGCCCAAGUUUGACACAGAGCUUCCACACGGCAGAAGGAAAUGGAGAAUUGUUCAAGACGGCCACGGAAGAUGGCGAGAAAUAAAUAUCGAUGCUCAACAUGAAAUUCAAGGAAAAUGUGACGUUACAAACGAAACUUUACCAACUCCAGCUAGCAACAAGUUAUUAUUUUCAAAUAAUAUUUUAAACACAGUGAAAAGUGCCUCAAAGCUUCAGCAGAGUGGAAGGACAUCAAGACAAGACUCAAAUUACAAAACUCUUUCAACAAACACGCGGGCAAACAUUUUCCCUGGCGUCGGUAAACAUAAUUGGUUUAGCCAAUCAAAUCAUGUUUACACAGAGUCCGCACUCAAGUUGGGGGAUAAGGGUGGUCGUGAUCUUCAAUGGGGGUUUCAUGGGAUCACUCGAGAUGCUUUAGGAGCAUGGAAUGAGGCAAGCGUACAUCAUGAAAGGAUGAAGAAAGCGUGGGAUGUCUAUCUUGAGUCUUUAGCGAAAACUGGAGGGGAUAGGUAA